GGGGGUUGAAAUUUAUGGUCAUCAUCUUCUCUCCCUCUCUCUCUCUCACUGUAAUCGAAGAGACGGAAGCGGGAGCGAGUGAGAGAGAGGAGAGGGAAAGGGGAGAAGAGAAGAAUGGCGAUAUCUUCUCUUUUCGCAGCUCUGUCACCUUCCUACCACUCACUCUCUCAGCCUCAGCUCCAUCUCUCUCCUUCUCCGUUCAAUGGCCCUUCAAACCUCAUCAGGUUCCCAUCGUCGAAGCUCAGCGCCCCUCUCUGUUCUUCUUCCACUUCCACUCCCGUAGUAGAGGACGGUCUUCCUCCUCCUGCCCAAUCCGACCCCCCCAUCGAAACCAGCGACGAUGUCCCUUUCCGUGGUUGUAAGGCCUGCGGGAGAGAGGAAAUCGAGAGGGGAUGCAAUGGGGAGGGAAGGAUCCAAGGCGGCAUUGCAACGGUCCCUGGCUUCGGUUGGUGGCCCAUCAAAGCUUACAGGCCUUGCCCAGGCUUCAUAGCUUCUGGUGGUAGGUACUUUCGACGUGGCCAAAGCAUGGAUGAGGUUGCCUCCGGAAGAGGAGGGCCUGCUGCAACUUAUGCAGACAGUGACGAUGAAUCUGAGCCGAGAUGAAUUUGCAUGCAUAUGGGUGUUCAAAGUGCAUCAAAAGAUUUGCAGCGAAUGUAAUUCUUCACUUCUUUCCAAGUUCGAGGAAUUCCAUAGGAAUGAGAUGGAACAAUAUAAAGAAUACCAAUACCGAUACCUGGAGUUAGGUACUCAUAUUCCUCUUGCUUUGCAACGGGGCAAGGUGGAUCAUGCUUUUGCCCGUAGAACAGCAGAAGGCUGCUGAAUCUGCUUUGUAAACACACUUACUAUUUAGUCUUUGCUAUGUCUUAUUCUGAUAGCAAAGUAGGAACUGUUCUAGAUUUGAGAACCUCAUUACGUGUUACCGCGAGUCUUUGUUCAUGGAAACUCUAUAUGGGUUUGGGCGCUUGAUUGUGCUU